GCUUUGCACCAGCAGCAUAUUGCAACAAUAAUUUUCUUAAAGUGUUGCCGUCUUUUCUGCCCCUCUUCUUCUUCUUCUGAUAAUCAACUCCAACUGGCUGGAGGCACCGGUGGGAGUAGAAAGGAGCAGCAGUAAUCCUUCCUAUAGUCGUAUGAUUUGUUUUGGCCAAACCUCUUACUAAUAAGUAUUAUAUUAUUGUUAUUAGUAUACAAUACAAAUACGGGGGAGAAACAAAUGGCGGUAGAAACAGAAGCAGUAGGGAGUCGCCCCCCACAGCUGGCUCUGGCCGACACUAACAUUCACUGGGACAGGUUGGAUAAGACAAGGUUUCACGUUAUUGGGGCCAUCCUCUUUACUGCUCAGUCAGCAUUAAUACACCCAACUGCAGUUGUCAAGACAAGGAUGCAAGUAGCUGCUUCUGGUCUCUCCCGUGUGAACGGAAUGUCUGUGUUCAAACACAUAAUCAAGAGUGAUGGUCUACCUGGCAUAUUUAGAGGUUUUGGUACAUCUGCAAUCGGAUCGUUGCCAGGCAGAGUCCUGGCUCUCACUUCACUUGAAGUAUCAAAAGAUAUGAUGUUUAAAUGCACUGAAGGUCUAGAUGUGCCGGAAGCUACUCGUGUUGGCAUCGCAAACGCGGUUGCUGGAAUGUUUUCAAAUAUAGUUUCAUGUGUAUACUUCGUCCCUUUAGAGGUGAUCUGCCAGCGACUAAUGGUUCAAGGGCUUCCAGGGACUACUUCUUGCAAUGGUCCAUAUGAUGUUGUUCGUAAAGUUACUAAGGUUGAAGGAAUUCGUGGUUUGUAUAGAGGCUUUGGAUUAACAGCUCUGUCUCAAACCCCUGCAUCAGCACUUUGGUGGGGAGCAUAUGGGGCAGCUCAGCACAUGAUCUGGACGAGCCUGGGUUAUAGGGAUGAUAUGCAACAAAAACCAUCUCAUUUACAGAUGGUUACUGUCCAGGCUACAGCAGGAAUGGUAGCUGGUGCAUGUUCUUCAAUUGUUACUACCCCUCUAGAUACUGUAAAGACAAGGCUUCAGGUAAUUGAUGAUUAUGGUGCCGGAAGACCAUCAGUAAUGAAGACCACUAGGGCACUUCUUAAAGAAGAUGGCUGGAGAGGAUUUUAUAGAGGGUUUGCACCUAGGUUCUUAAAUAUGUCUUUCUAUGGUACAACAAUGAUCGUGACAUAUGAACUCAUAAGUAUGCUCUCUCCCUACUUUUUAGUUUUGAAAGAACAUAAAGUGUUAGUGAAAUUUUAAGAUUUCAAAUUGGUGGAUACUCAUCUGAUGAUCCAUAUGCUACUUUCCAUUCUCACUGGACUGUUAUUUUUUGGCUCAGAUGCCUUAACCACCAUAUCUUUCUACAGUGAUUGUCCUUUCCUACUUGUAAGUUAGCAAGAAAUGGAAGUGACUGCUUUGUAUGCCUUGGGCUGUCGAGGACAGCUCAGUAUUCCAACAGAACUGGCAAUCGUCCCUCCUCCCUGCUUCUCUGUUCUCCAAUAUUGAGAUUCGGUUCUUAAUUGUUAAUUUAGACUUCAGAAGCGCAUAAGGUGCCAUUGUACUUUGAUAAUCAUACAUUUCAUCAUCCUUGGUUGUUUUCAUACGGACCAACUGUUAAACCUCUUAAAUUUGACAGGACUGUAGCAGCAUCAUUUUCUGCAUAUCAAUUCUUAUUAUUGACAUUUAUCUCUGAAGUGUAAUUUUAGAUUCAAAAAACUGCAUAAGAUGGGUUCAUACUCUAACGUUUGAUAUGUUUGCUUAUCCUUGCUUGUUAUCAGAGAGAUUGUCUGUAAAGCAAUAUUAAGAAGGUGGAGCAUUGGAUGCACUGAUGCCCGGCAUUUUGUUGAGGCGGGGAUACAAGGUGCACAAGCUAAGAGUUUUCCUGCUGCAGCAUGAAUGGAACUAUCCACUAUGAUGGCGCGUAUCAAGGAAGCAGCAACUUUAGUACGAGAAACUGCGCAUUUUUUCUCUUCCAAAUCCAUUCCAUUUGUGAUAUCUUCGUAAGAAGGUCAAGAUGUCCUCGUGAGCUUGCUUGCCAACUAAAUUGCAGUGCUAGUCAUUAGUUGAAAACGUUAGCCUCUCAUAUUAUCAUUUUUGGUGAUGCGUACCAUCUCAAGACGAACUCUGAAUAGGAAUUUUUGGAAUACCCUUUAUUCUUGCUGCAUUCAACCAGCAUAGCA